UCUCAGUCCAUCAGGAACGUCGGAUCACGCGAGAUCGAGGGUCGUCGCGGUAUCCCCUAAUCCACAAACGUGCAUACAUCAAUCCGACGUGCGCCGAUCUGCGUUGUAAUUUUUCCAGGCUGCUAUAAUCAAUCGUUCGUUUGCGACAACCGGGUGGUGCUUAAAGUUUGAAAGGAAAACCAAUUCUGGGUACACUCCCUCUAAGUUGGUCGUAAAUAAAUACGUAGAUAGAUGGUGGUGCUGUGACGUGAAUCGUCAUACGAUUGCCCGUGAACUAAUUCAUUUUCGUUGUUUUAGUCGGGCUUCCAAUGAAUACGAGCAGCGCACCUCACAUCGACAGAAUGUCAAAUAUCUACAACAACUCAGUGGUUCGAUUUUAUCACUAUGUGUUUCACGAUCUAUCGGAUCCUCGGACAAGAGAUUGGUUCCUCAUACCAUCACCCGUACCUGGUGCUAGUAUUAUAAUCGGAUAUUUGUAUUUCAUCCUAUCUUGGGGUCCGAGACAUAUGGAGCACAGAAAACCAUACCAAUUAAAGAAAAUUCUAGUCUUCUACAAUUUCCUGCAAGUUCUCCUCAGCUUUUGGCUAUUUUACGAAGGUCUGGACGCAGCUUGGCUUCGAAAGUACAGUUGGAAGUGUCAAUCUGUUGACUAUUCUAACUCGCCAGACGCACUUAGGGUCGCCAGAGGUGUAUAUAUUUAUUUUUUGGCGAAGCUGUCGGAACUUCUAGACACAAUAUUCUUCGUUCUAAGAAAGAAAGAGAACCAAAUCACAUUUCUUCAUUUAUAUCAUCACACUGUAAUGCCGAUGGCCUCUUGGGGCGCUACCAAAUAUUAUCCGGGUGGACAUGGCACGUUCAUAGGCGUUGUUAAUAGCUUCGUGCAUAUUAUCAUGUACACGUACUACUUGCUAGCUGCAUUACUACCUCAGUACCAGAAAUAUCUAUGGUGGAAGAAAUACAUCACGACUCUCCAAAUGGGUCAAUUCUGCUUGGCGUUUCUGCACAGCUGCCAAUUGCUCAUUUACGACUGUGACUACCCAAAAUGGUCGCUCAUCAUAAUUCUGCCAAACGCGAUGUUCUUCUACUUCUUGUUCGCCGAUUUCUACAGUAACGCAUAUAAGUAUAACGAAAACUAUUCGAAAUCGAUAGAGGGCAAAGAGAAUAGAGUCGCGAAAAAAGUGGCAAAUGGGAACACGCAAAAUGGAAAAAGGAAAACGAACUAGUCUAGAAUUCCAUGAGUAAGAAAAAAGCAACGAGAAGAAGAAAAUCGACUAUGGGAUGUUUGAAUGGAUUUACAUUCACAGUGACUGUGUUUUUGAUCCUUCAAUGUCAAUGGUUCCAUGAACAAUAGGAACUGAAUUUUACAACCUCAAAGAUUUCUUGAAAAUUCCCUAGGAAAAUCGGAAAAACUUGUUUCCUUUGUUUCAUGUCGCGUCUCUUGGCGAUAAUGGGGAAGAAGUGCAUAUUUGCGCAUAAAAUCGAUCGUUUCUCUUUGAUCGUUUGCGUACAGACUGUCAUCUACGGAGUCUUUAACUGCAUGCGUCAAUUAUAACCGUUCAAUAAUGUAGAUUUAGAGUAAUUACUAGCGAUAGGAAUUGAUCAGAAAGGGGAAAGACGCGUGAGAGUUUUAAUUGAAGUUACAUAAGGUAAAUUCACAAGAAAAACGCCACACUUGUAAUAUCUUCUAAUCGAAGAAAGAGAAUUGUAUUUGUUGCGUCUUGUCGUAACCUUGCUUGUGUGCAUGAAAAAAUAUGUUAGUACCUGCUUGACUUUCAGUGUACAAGUCUGCAUUUGUGAACCAUUAAAGCAAUAACUGUACAAAAAAUUAUUUAAAAAUUUUAUAUAUAUGAGAUAUUAUGCAAUGCUUGUUACAAGCGGAAUGGAGACAAGACCUAUUUUACUAUUUAAUGGCUUCUUAUCAAUUAGUAAACACAGAAAAAGAAUUUAAAGAACAGGAAUUAGUUCUUGUGGCAUCUUUCCCAUAAGAUGUAGGAGAGCUGCCAUUUUAGCAACGUAUCACUUUUUUUUAAUUUUUGUGGACUCUGUAUAAGAAAAAUUGAGAACUGCUUUUGCUUUUCAUAGUAUAUGAGUGUAUUAUUGUAAUAAAAAAAUUAAUCGUUUUAAUCAAUAUGAAGCCAAAUUUGUUAUUAAUCCUUAAUCAAAAAGGGUGGUGUAUUUUCUGAAUUUAUCUUAGAUUAAUAUAAUAUUUUAUAGAUUAAUAUUGAAAAUAUUCUAACUAAUCGUUUGACGAUUGAAUUUGAAAAUACAGCUUCAUUGGACUAAUUUUUAGUUUUCGUGCCCAAUUAGACAGUAUUAGAUAAAUACUGAGUGAAAAGAAUAGAUCGUUCUUCUGAAGUAUGUAGACUUACAAUAUAUUACGACGGGUAUGAAAUUGACUGGUUGGUUUUAAUGUUAGUAUAAUUUCAAUCAUUUCAAUCGUCAGUUUAUUAUCCGAUUAAGACUAUCUAGAUAGUAUUAUCGAAUAUAAGCCUUAUGACAGUCAUUUAAACGGCACGAUGUUUUAACAAGGCUGCCAACUUCUUCGAUCUUCUAUGUAAUUAUUAAUUAAUCUAAAGUAUUUUAUACAUUCCAUUUUACGAUGUAGAGUUUUUGUAAAGGGUAUCAAAUAAGUAUAAGCUGCAAAUACAUUCAGGUCGAGUAAAUAAUCAAAAUUUUAUAUUGAUUAUCGCUGAUGAAUCAACGUACCGUUUCUUACAAUGACGCAAAACAGUGAGGGAUCCAGUGGACUUUUUCACCCGCAAACGAACAAGUACGAAAUAAUUCUCAAGGAGAAACGCAGUGUAUCUCUGAAAAUAAAUCUGAAAUCUCCUGAAUUCCAGCUUCAUACCUGUUUAAGCAUCGUAACUUGUCCCGUUUUUUGUCUACAGAUUUUAGCGAACCACUCUUUCAGAAUCGAUUUGUCAUGGUGUAGACUGUGAAAUUGUAGGCAAAAAAAUGCGAGUUACGUCAAACAUUUCGGUCUUUUGUUACGCGCUUCGCUCAAAUCUUUAUUAUUUAAAUUGAAAGGAAUGUUGAUCUUGCAGUUAUAAAUGAGUGUAAUUUGAAGAAUAAACACGAUCUUUCAAGAA